GUAAUUUGUAAACUUUGUAAAAAUUACGUAAUUAUUAAUAUCUAUUUUUUAUUUAAUUGUUCACGUUGUAUAUGAUAAAAGAUAAUCAAAUUAAGUACCUGUCUGUAAUAGUUUUUUGUAAAAAUUUACAAACGGAUGUGACUUAAAUUUUUUUCUUUGUUAUACCGCAGUUCCGGCAACAACUGCCGCCGAACUGUCAAUUCUUAAAUAUGUCGCGCUAUCUAUACCUCACACUUCAUUGUUUUCUUUUCACAAAUACGCAUUCUAAACAUGGCAUCGAUGUUAAGUGUGUUACGGACUUGUGGUUUACUAUAUUGUUUAAUUUUAAACGUGUUCGCUGUCGAUUAUAAUAACCCGGAACCAUGGAUACUUAAGUUAGAAUUGUUGUCGAAAAAUUGUACUCAAAAUAAAUGUAAAUAUUUACUAAAAGCGAACGGUGGUGAGUUUCUCGGUCAUUAUUCUUGGAGACUAACCCCAGUGGGUGGUGCUAAGGGUGGUGAUUGUGACGUGAUUUACCCAAAUUACGAGUUGCGAGAAGUAGAAACGACGCGGUGGUAUACUAAGCUAAACGUAACGGUGCCGCACGGAAGUAGCAAGAUAUAUUUCUGUUUACAUUAUUAUGAGAAGAAAAACACACCAUUCGGCGGCAAAUGGUCGCACCAAGGGGAGACUAUAUUUUUGGACCCUAAAAUUGGGGACGCAGAAGAAGAAAAACAAGAAUUGUCGCAAACAACCCCAGACGCCAUCGACGGAGCACAAUGGGGUGACCUUUCCCACGACACAGAUGUGAAUUACCUCAGUUUGAAACACAAACCAACCAAGACUGCACCAAACGAUGUUAAAACAAAAACAAAUAUACAUUUAAGUGGACUUAAUAAGAAUCUCGAUGAUACAUCAUUAAAAAUCAAUAGAAUAGAUAGUAAAAAUGAUAUAGAGGUCGAUAGAAGUAAACGUGAAGUAUUACACGAUAUAUUUGACAAUGACGACGAUAAUAAACUUAAGAAAGGUGAAGUAAGUAGUUUUAUAAACGCUGAUUCGAAUGUAGAUAUGAAUAUGGAACAUAAUAGAAAUCUAUUUGAUAAAUAUUUAGCUAUCGAUGAAAUUUUACAUAAAGAUAAUACAGUGGUGCAUAAACGCAAGAAACACGAGUUGAAUAGUACAAAUUUAGUUAAAAAUAACAAUAACAAUAAAGUAGUGAAUUGUAAUACGAAAGUCAAAGUGAACAGUACCGUUGAUGAUGACGUUGAUGAUCAUGAUAAGGAGGACGUGAAUAAAGUACGUGUACAAAGGCAAGCUAUGUUCCCUGAUAUCAAUGAUUUCACAAAUGUAAGAUCAGCACCGUUUGUGAUCCAUGUGGACGGAUUGAGGAUAGAAGACUCUGAGAAGGAGCCGAGGAUUACUGAAGAGGGCCUUCCCAGUGUACUAGCUGACUCCGGCGUUACGUUACGGUUGUUCGGUGAGGGUUUCACUCCAAGGACGGUGAUAGCUUUCACGAACCACGAGCAGGAGUAUGGCCAGCAGUGCAAAUUCAUUCUGAAAGGUGAAUAUAUGGCAAAGGAAGAUACUGUUACAAGAAAGUCCGCUGUCUUCGAAAUAACGGCUCCGCCCCCCAUAACUGGUUCCAAACUGUACUUAUGCGUGAAGAACUUAAAGCCAGGAAUUACAGACAUAUCCAACGACGAGGACAAGUACAUACACCAAGGGACUGACCCAUGGAAGGUUCUGGCGACCCAUAACAAACUGCUUCCUUUAUGGGCCACGUUUAUACUUAUUCUAAUAUGCCUUAUGUUCUCAGCCCUUUUCUCGGGGCUGAAUCUUGGGUUGAUGUCGUUAGAUAGGACAGAGUUGAAGAUCAUAGCCAAUACUGGGACGGAGCAGGAGAGGAAGUACGCGAGAGCUAUAAUGCCGGUUCGGGAUCACGGGAAUUAUUUAUUGUGUAGUAUUCUCUUGGGGAAUGUAGCGGUGAAUUCGACGUUCACGAUUCUCUUAGACGAAUUGACGUCUGGACUGUUCGCCGUUAUAUUUUCGACGCUGGCUAUAGUGCUGUUGGGAGAGAUAACGCCUCAGGCGAUCUGUUCACGGCAUGGUCUCAUGGUGGGCGCCAAGAGUAUUAUGAUAACCAAGGCGGUGAUGGCCCUGACUGCCCCCAUGGCGUUUCCCGUGAGCAAACUCUUGGACUAUUUCCUGGGUGAAGAGAUUGGAAGCGUCUACAACAGGGAGCGGCUUAAGGAACUCGUUAAGGUGACAACAGAUGUGAACGAUUUGGACAAGGACGAGGUGAACAUCAUUUCGGGGGCGCUGGAGCUCCGCAAGAAGACCGUCUCCGACGUGAUGACGAAGCUGGAGGACGCGUUCAUGUUGCCAAUCACGUCCAUACUCGACUUUGAGACGAUGUCGGAAAUCAUCAAGUCAGGCUACUCCCGUAUCCCGGUGUACGAGGGCACGCGCGGGAACAUCGUCACCGUGCUGUUCAUCAAGGACCUAGCGUUCGUGGAUCCCGACGACAACACGCCCCUCCGCACGCUGUGCCAGUACUACCAGAACCCGUGCAACUUCGUCUUCGAGGACGUCACCCUGGACGUCAUGUUCAAACAGUUCAAGGACGGUCACAAAGGUCACAUGGCGUUCGUGCACCGCAUCAACAACGAAGGUGAGGGGGACCCGUUCUACGAGACCAUAGGGCUGGUCACGCUAGAGGACGUCAUUGAAGAGAUGAUCCAGGCCGAGAUUGUGGACGAGACGGACGUGUUCAUGGACAACCGGACAAAGAGACGUCGCAACCGGCCUCAGAACAAGCUGCAAGACUUCGCCGCGUUCGCGGAACGUCACGAGAACCAGCGCAUCCACAUAUCGCCGCAGCUCACGCUGGCCACAUUCCAGUUUCUAAGCACCAGCGUGGACGCGUUCAAGCCCGACACGGUGUCAGAGACGGUGCUCCGCCGCCUGCUCCGCCAGGAUGUGAUCCACCACAUCAAACUGAAGGGGAAGACUAAAAAGGACCCGAGCACCUACGUCUUCCAGCAGGGGAAACCGGUAGACUACUUCGUGUUGAUCCUGGAGGGCCGCGUGGAGGUGACGGUGGGCCGUGAGAACCUCGUGUUUGAGGCGGGGCCCUUCACGUAUUUCGGUGUUCAGGCUCUCACGCAGAACAUUGGCGUUGCGGAGUCCCCGACGCCGUCCGCCAUGGGCUCGCUCCAGAACAUCACCAUGGACUCGAUGCUGCGUCACACCUUCGUGCCGGACUACUCCGUGCGCGCCAUCGCCGAACUUUACUACCUCACCGUUAAACGUUCCCUGUACCUGGCCGCUAAACGAGCCACGCUGAUGGAGAAGGGAGCGCUGUCCAAAGGCGCCACCAACGAGCAGUUCGACACCGAAGUGGACAAGUUACUCCAGUCUGUGGAUGAAGACAUCAGUAUAAGCGGCGAGCACAAGACGCCAUCUAGACAGGUGUCCCCCAACCCCCUACCAGUGUCGGCGUCCCCCCACACGCGGUCGUCUUUCGCGUCCCGUGCUUCCCCCGAGCCGCGCAACGGAGACCUGUACCCCGGGGCGAGGGCCGACGAGCAGGAGAAACUGUUGAAAUAACCCACACCGCCAACAGUGAGGAUAAAUUAGAACUGUGUUCCAAAUUUAGAAGUGAACACCGCCAUUUGUGAGAUUAAAUUAGAAAUAUGUUCCAAAUUCAAAAGUGCACACCGCCGUAUGUGAAGAUAAAUUAAAAAUAUGUUCCAAAUUCAAAAGUAAACACCGCCAUGUGUGAGAUUAAGUUAGAAAUAUGUUCCAAAUUCAAAAGUGCACACCGCCGUAUGUGAAGAUAAACUAGAAAUAUGUUCCAAAUUCAAAAGUGAUUACCGCCAUUAUGAAGAUAAAUAUUUAGAAGUAUAUUCUGAAUUCAAAUGCGAUACCGUCAUAUGUGAGGAUAAAUUAGAACUGUGUUCCAAAUACAAAAGUGAACACCGCCAUGCUGAGAAUAAAUUAUUAUAAAUGUAUUCUAAAUUUACAAUCACCGCUAUUCAAAUAAAACCAUAUUUGUAAAAAUAAAUUGUAAAUGUAUUUUUACAAUUUAUUGAUGCUAAUGAGAAAUGUAAGUAAAUAAUCACAUUAUCUGAAGGUCACUGUCUGCAUUAUACCAUGCAAUAUUCAAAUGCAAUGUACCAUACGGCGGGCCUUAUGUUUAAUCGACACGUUAUUAAUAUAGAAAAGAUAUUUGACACUAGUCUAUAAUUAGUAGUUACUACCAGUGAUUUUUAAACUAUUUAUUUGCUUUGCGUUAUUUUAUACAAAAAGUUGGAAAUCUCAUUAAUAAUUAAUUCGAUCAACUUAGUGGUAUUAGAACGGAACGGCGAUGCUAUUCUGUAAGGUUCGUAUUACGUCUCGCAGCUCACCUCACCAACCGACUUCAAAAAAGGAGUAGCGUUCUCAAUUCGGUUUUUUAAUGGGUGAAAACGGAUUGGUAACCCCGCCCGCGCUAUCGGUAUACACCGACGAGGCACCAGUGGAAGAUGAUAGGUGAGAAUGAAUGCAGGUCAGUUGGCCCACCAUGAUGAUGAAUCGACAAGAAUUAAACAUGAUGGUUUACAGGGGAAACGCGUGGAGGUCAACCUGAGAGGGUAUAUUGCCAGUAAUGGGGCUAUUAGACCCCAUUACUAACAAUCCCUUCUCCCCUCCCCCCUCUCAAUUCGGUUGUUUUUUUUUUUUCAUGUUUGUUACCUCAGAAUAGCGUCAUUUAUAAAUUAAUUUGGAAAAUUUCUUUUUUAUAUGAAAAUAUGUACAUAUAUACUUUCAAAUUGCUCAUAUGGAAAUUUCAUCAAAAUCGAUUCAGUAGUUUAGUUUUUCAAAACAAACUAGUUAUGUCACGAUUAAAGUCGAUUUGAAUAUCUAUAUAUUGGGUUUCUCUGAACAUUGAUGAUGGAAAUAAGGUCAUCACCCAUUACGAUAUCGUCCAUAUCGGUCGGAUAUCUAUUUUCGAAUAUGUUAAAAAUCUGUUAUCCAAUAUUAUUUUUUGGAUAACAGGAUUUUAACAUAUUAAUAACACCCGAGUCCUCAGGAAUGGCAACGCAUGUGGGGUAUCAUGGGCGAAACAGUAUACUCUGUCAUGUCCAGGGCACUGCUCAUGUGUAUAGGCGACGGUUACCACUUUCCAUCAGGUGGACAGUCGGCUUGUUUGCCAUUCUCAGUUGUAUAAAAAAAAAUAUUAUUAGACCCGGUAUAUAGAUAUUGUAACUGAAAUAUAUAGAUAUUGCUCUAUAUAGUACGAAAUGAAAUCCCUAAUUCGAAAUGAGUUUUGAAAACUAAUGUGAGUUCCUAAAGAUGGUAACACAAAUGUGUUCACUUUACAACGCCGCCACACUAACGAAAUGGCGCUGUGGUCGUUCUCACUUGUUACAUAGAAUACCAAAUGUAAAUCACUCGUGAAUCCGCUAGUGAAAUUUGAGAUUGACUUUACAGAAUAGCACUGCAGUGUUAAGGGCGUUCAUACCGAUGUGUCGCUACGUCACAAUUAUAUAUCAAUUUACAAAAACAAUUGAAUAUUCUUCAAUGUUUCUGAUUGUUUAUUUAAACAGUGCUCUGCUACCAAAUACGUUAAUCAUAGAAUAUAUUAUUAUAUGGAAAUGCAUGAGCAUGUAUGAAAAGAUUGAUGAAUGUGGAAGAAGCGAAAGAGGUCUGUUUGAAUCGAAGCAUUUGGCGUUCCAUUGUUUCUGCCUACCCUAAUGGGAGACAGGCGUGACAGAUAUGUAUGUAUGUAUAUUAUUAUAUCUUUUUCUAGAUGAAGUGAAGUUAAAUGCAAGGAAGUCGAUGGAUACGGAUGGCUCAGAACCGGUCCUUAUUGCAGUCCAUGACGGACACUUACGGAUGGAUAACUGCAUAUUUAGUUUCGAAAAUUUUCAAAUAUAUUUUUCUCAAACAUGCUUGGAAAUGUGAGCAUUAUUUUGACAAUCUUCUUCGAGAUAAAUCAAAAUUGCCGCACUGUCCAGAUACAUGCGGGCAGCGGCCGGCAAAAGUUGUAUGAAAAUCCAUAUCUGUCGUGUUUUGCGGCCAGAUAAAUUACUAUGUAAACUCAUAUCUGUCCUGUAAUUUAAGAAUGGAAUGACCUCUUACUUCGAAACAUGGCUACCAAGGAGGUAACUAAUACAAGGUUUUAUUUAAAUUUCGAAGUGGCUUGCAAAUAGAAAGCUGUUUAUUGAAAAAAAAAACAAAGGAACAUUAUGACGCGUGAAAAAUUAUUAUUGUUCGUUAUUCGUCAUUGAACUUAAAAAGUAAAAUUGUGUUUUUGAUUUCCGCGCAUUGUUUGAGAAAAGUACUAUACAAGCCUUGGCCACAACUAGGCAUUGAUGGACUCACGUAUGUGUGCCUCGGCUACGCCUAGGCCCACAUUUGCACGUUCGUCCAUCAAUGCCUCAGUUGCUGGCCGCUGCAAUAAUGUACUAUUUUCUAUCAAAUUCAGGGACGGCUUAAUAAGAAAAUUAUUGCAUUAUUGUUUAAGCUCGUUAUCAGAGUACUUUUCAAAUAAUCGAAUCGGAAACAUUGUAAAAUGUUGUUUUUUUUUUUUUUUAAUUCACAGAUAAUAGCGAUGUUGCCACAUUUCGUUAUGAACGCUCUUAAGUGUUUAUAAAAUAUUUAAAAAAAAAAGUAAUUUUUCUACGCUUACAAUAACGCAUAUUGUGACAAUAAUUCUAGACCCCAUGCUAGGAUUCUUUUUAUCAUGACGGUCUAGGUAAGCCUCGGCUAAUAUCGAUACCGGUACGAUAUCUAUAUAUUGGGUUUUCUCUAGAUAUCUAGAUAUUGAUAACCGGAAAAGGGUCAUCUCUAAUUUCAAUAUCGCCCAUAUCGGUUGGAUAUCUAUAUUAAUUUCGAUAUUAUACAAUAUGAAAUUUAACUGGUUGAUUAUCCGCAGCGAAAAGAUUUGGUCUCAGUAGUACUAUCGAUUCCAAAAGUAAAAUUAAAAAAACAUGUUUUUUUUUUUUUCGAAUAAUCAAAAAUAUAAUUCUCCAACUCGAAAGCGUGAGAAACAAUUAGUAACUCAUUACACGUGACGUAUUACUACGCGCGUAUUUCAUUCAUAAACACAAAGUACCGAUGAUGUGUCGUUGUGAAAUCAAAUUGACAAAGCAUUCGAUAAAGAUUUCGAGUUUCAUUUUUCCAAAUUAUAAAUCUGCCAUUAUUUGACUUUUAGGAAAAAAGGGUUUACGAAUCGAUUGUACCAUCGAGAUCAAAUCUUUUCGCUGCGGAUAAUCAGCCAGUUAAAUUUCACUUUGUAUAUUGAAUUACCAAUAUUCAAUAUAUCCGAUAUUGUACCAAUAUAUAGAUAUUGUAACUAUAUUCUAGAGUCUUGUAGUAUUAUUUUUGCAUAUGCAAAUAAAGAACAAACAAGCAACUGUCCGGUCUUAUUAGAAUAAAGUUAAACAGGUGUUAAUUACAUGUUUAGUCCUCUUACUACAUAAGCGUGUCUGACAUAUGUUUACGUCUAAACAAAAGAAAGUCUGUUGUAUUAAAAAUAAAAAAUGUUUAAGGCAACACAUUUUAUUAUAAUAGUCUAUAGAUUUUGGUAUAUAAAGUUACAAAUAAACGUUGCCUAAACAAUGUUUAAUCGCUUAGACACAGUUUUGUUAAACACUGUUUAGAUAGGCAGUGUUUUAAUUUUUUUUUUGUAGUAAGAUUAUUUAUGUUUUUGCUUAUGAGGGUUAUCAUUGGCGUCACUGUGUAUACUGUGACGUUCAUGAUGCUGCACAUAUGAACAAUCUAUUCUAUUUUAUCUUAGUUUUUUUUUUCAAGCACAUGUUUACUUAUUGGUCUAAAAUUUCAGUUUUUUUUUUUUUUUUUUAAUAUUGCGAAAACUAUAAAAAAUAUACGCGACAAACUCCCAAAUUAUACAAGGAAAUAGAUAAUAAUUAAUUAUAAUGCCACAGUGUAAGAAACGAGCAGUGGUCCAACGUGGGCGUGUCCCGUACCAUUGUAAGCCGGUUCGGGACGCCGUACUGCAAACGUGCGCAUUGGACGACUGGUGAGCACUUCUUUACACUGUAUUUAAAGCACUGUAAUAUAGUUAAAUAUAGUGCACUUAAUAGAUUAUAAAAAAAUAAAUAGAUUAAAAAAAAUAGUUAAAACUGUAUAGCGAAGGACUCUGAUGUUAUAAAUUGAUUAUUAAAAAAAAAAGUUGCACCCUUGUCUGUAUUAAAUAAAAAUUUAUGUAAUUUAUUUUAAUAGAAAUUGAUGAUAAUAUAAACAAACGAAUACAAUAAUCUCCCCCUAUAACAUGGGUUUUUUUCUAAACUGUGAAAAUGGCAUGGUAACCCCGCCUGCGCUAUCGGUAUACGCUGGCGAGGUACCAGUGAGAGAUGACAUGUGAGAAUGAAGCAGGUCAGUCAAUUUUACCAGAUGGGAGUCUUUGUACAAAAGUCGAUUGCUCGAUCAUCCAUUAAAAAAACUUCUACAACACGGAACGAAUCUCUCUAACUUUGUACCCUGUAAAUUCACGCCAUAUCCCACCCUUCAAACCGAAACACAGCCAUGCAAACACAACUGCUUCACGAUAGAAACACGGAUGGGACAGAGGUGGCCAAGCAAUCGACUGUACAAAGUCUCCCUCUGGUAAACUGGUACUGAACUUUAAUGGCGGAAAGGUCGUCGCCCAUUGCGAUAUCACCCGUAUCUAUUUUUGAAUAUGUUAAAAGUCUGCUAUGCAAUUUUUUUUUUUUUUUUGGAUAACAAAUUUUUAAUAUUAUCGUUCUUGUAUCAGUACAUAGAUAUUGUAACCACUAUAUAUAUUAUUGGUAUAUAUAUACUAUUGCUAUAUAUUACUCACUCCUAUUCUUGUGAUAAAUUCAACGAAACCUUUUAAUUUAUUUCCAUUGAAGGGAACUUUAUAAAGCUAUUUUAAUUAUUACAGUGUUUUGUUACAUUCUUUUAAAUGGAAAAUGUACCGCAAAAGAAAAAAAAAACACUUCAAUAGUUAUUUAUAGUUUUUUUUUUUUUUUUAUUAGAAGUUUUUUUUUAAUAAAGGGGUGUAAAUAUAGAAUUAAUGUUACUAGUGGUUCUCGAUAGGAAAUGAUAAUGCGAAAUCGGCACUAAGAUAUGUUACGUCUGCUUUUCUACGUUCAGCGCCAUCUAUCGGUAGUACUGUUGUUAACACUAGAUGGCGCUGUUUAUAUAUAUUUGCAAAAUGUAACGAGGACAGAAGUUGUACGAAGUGGCUUGUUAGUAAAAUAUUUAAAAAAAUAUAUUUUUUGAGAUCCUGAACGCUAAAUAUAAAAAAAGCAACAUAGACUUCAUAAUAAUACUUUCCAGUAUUUGUAUUUUAUAACUUCUUUAAUUUUAGAAAUUUUAAAAAUUCUAUUCACUUCACACUAUUUCUAUUCUUUUAUAAAACCAUCAAUUUGUGUAAAGCGCCAUCUAUUGGGGCAACAAUAGUACUACCAUACGUGGCGUCGUAUAUGGAAAAAUAAGCAAAAAGAUAUAAAUCCAAUUUCAAUUAACAGCGGCAAAGUACUUUUAGAAUAAAGAUUGUUCUGUUACAUCCAUACUCCCCCUGGACAGUUGGUAAACUAAUCUAUCGAUAGAUACGUUAUCGCUAUCACAAAAAGAUCACAAAAACAUCAGAUAAAAAGACACAGCGACAUCUAGCGCCUUGUUCUUGCUAAAGAAAACUUGUUUAUCAAUAAAUUCGUUUAUCAUUCGUCUUGGUGCACUAAGGCGAGUACUUAACUAUUAUUAAAUUAUAUUUAAACAA